AUAUUUCUCAACCUUUGUCCAAUUCAUCAAGUCUCUUCCAAUUCAUUAAAAAAUUAAAAAAUAAUCCACUUUGACAUCACAAUGCUUUAUUAUAUUAAAUCCCAUCAACAAUGUCAUUACCUGCAACAACAACAAAAACCAGAAUCAAAGAAGAGGAAGAAACAGGAAUUUUUCUUCUUCUUCCUCUUCUUUUUAAUCUCUUCCUUAUCCGUGUGUUUAGAAGAUGGGUUCUGAGGUCUCCAAACAGGUUGAGAGAAGAAAGGAAAUCCAUACAGAGAAGAAAAUUCUGUCUGAUCUCAAAAGCUCUGGAGAUGAGUACCCUGGCUCUGAUUACCACCCCACAGACAGGAAAAACUGGAUGUCUGGGCUCAACCCUGAGAAAGUGAAGAUCAAUAUGAUUGUUUGGCCUGGAACCCAUGAUUCUGCAACUAACAAGAUUGGCAUCCCAGGAAUCACUCGCCCUUUUGCUCAGUGCCAAUCUUUGUCCAUCUACCAUCAGCUUGUGAGGGGCACAAGGGUGCUUGACAUUCGGGUCCAAGAGGAUCGCAGAGUAUGCCAUGGAAUCCUCCUCACAUACAGCAUGGAUGUUGUCAUCAGAGAUGUCAAGAAGUUCUUGUCAGAAACCGAGUCUGAGAUCAUAAUCCUUGAGGUCAGAACCGAGUUUGGCCACGAGGACCCGCCAGAGUUCGAAAAGUACCUUGAGGAACAUCUUGGCGAGUACUUGAUUCCCCAGGAUGAUGGUGUUUUUGGCAAAACCAUUGCAGAAGUGCUUCCAAAGAGGGUCAUAUGUGUUUGGAAGCCAAGAAAAUUGCCACAACCAAAAGCAGGGGCACCCCUUUGGAGUGCAGGGUAUCUCAAGGACAAUUGGAUCAACACAGAUUUACCAUCAACAAAAUUUGAGAGCAACUUGAAGUUCCUGAGUGAGCAACAACCUGUUAUGUCAAGAAAAUACUUCUAUAGAGUGGAGAACACUGUUACACCAGUGGCAGAUAACCCUGUUCUGUGUGUGAAACCUGUGACGGAACGCAUUCAUGGCUAUGCAAGGCUCUUCAUUAGCCAGUGCUUUUCUAAAGGAUGUGCUGAUAGGUUGCAAAUUUUUUCGACGGAUUUUGUAAACCUAGAUUUUGUGGAUGCGUGUGUUGGACUCACUCAUGCAAGGGUUGAGGGUAAAGCCAGUGGCGGAUCUAGGACCCGGGGUCAGGGGGUUCAAAUUUUUUAAAUGAACACAUCGAUAAAAAUAUAAUUAAAAAAACUUUAACAUGUUUUAUACAUCAGAAAUUAUACAAGUCA